AAACGAGUUUUACCCGGCUCAGGUAGCACAUAUAUGGUCCAAUUUAAGGUCACACCAAGACCCCCACUUAGGCAGACCAAUCUUUUACAAAGAAAUGGAUUCAUGUCGGCAGAUAAAAGUCUCAGUUCUGAUGAGCAAGAGUUCACACAGCUGAAGACAAGGGACACGACUCAGUCCAACCCGGAGUUACAAGAUGACAGCGGAAGCACAAAAUCCUUCAUAUUGUUGCUGCUCAUUUUCCUAUCAGCUGUUGCUAUGCUUAGUGUCGUCUACCUCAACUUUCCAAAACUGGCAGAAGAAGAGAAACAACAUAUAAAGUUGCCUAGAGACAUUGAAGAUGCCAAGAAUCUCGGGAAAAUAUUAUCAAGAUACACAGACAAAUAUUACUUCCAAGUUCUGUCCGGAUACUUCGUCACUUAUAUAUUUUUGCAAUCAUUUGCAAUACCUGGGUCAAUAUUUCUGAGUAUAUUGUCAGGGUUUCUCUUCCCAUUUUUCCUAGCAUUGUUCAUGGUGUGUUUAUGUUCAGGUAUAGGAGCUACAUUCUGUUAUCUUCUGUCCUACCUUGUUGGUAGACGUCUUGUGAUAAAAUACAUUCCUGAGAAAGUCUCAGACUGGCAAUCUCAUGUGAACCAUCAUAGAGAACAUUUACUGAACUAUAUAAUAUUUCUACGAAUAACGCCUUUCCUGCCAAAUUGGUUCAUCAAUAUAGCUUCACCUGUGAUAAAUGUGCCUCUGUGGCCGUUCUUUAUAGGAACUUUUCUUGGUGUCGCACCACCAUCAUUUGUAGCAAUACAGGCAGGAACAACUCUACACCAGCUCACGUCCUCGGGAGAUGCUGUGUCGUAUAGAUCCAUGUUUAUUCUAGCAAUAUUUGCUCUAGUCUCUCUACUACCAGUUGUGUUCAAGAAGAAACUAAAGGCAAAGUUUGAUUGAUUGGUCAUCACAGCUCGGGGUUUUCUCAUCAGGUCUUCUGGAAAUCUUUAUAUUCUGGAGUCAAAUUUAGAAUGACUUUUUUGGGCAGAUGUGUUAGUUGCACACAGUUUCAUUGGAGUUCUGUACUGUAAAAUAGAUAUUAAUUCCAUCAGGACAAUUGUUUGUGGAUUUUAUCAUUGCUUAACCCUUAUUCCAAUAAUUGACUUAGCCAUCUUUCAAUUUUGACAGUACCAUUAACUGUUCAAAGGGUUGUUUACCAAAAAGAUACUGACUGAAUGGUGAACAGUGCAGAUCAUGAUCAGGCUGCAUGGAUGUGCAGGCUGAUCAUGAUCUACUCUGGUCGCAAAGGCAGACUCAGUCAUGUCCAGCAUGAUAAGGGUUAAAACCCACAAAAUUGAAUUUCAUAGAACAAAUAUAAUAACAAAUUUGUAUAAAAAAUUAAGUAUUACUUUUCUUGUCCCCACAAAAUAGCAUUGUUUUUGUUGAACCUUUACUUUCUAUACCAACGAAAUAAAACGUUUCAAAGUAUGUUGUGAAAAAUGUUGAGAAAUUAGAUAAUAUUAACUUGUUAAAAUUGAAUUAAUACCUUGGCAGAUGUGAUAGAUUUCUGUCAAUUUCUAAAUAAAACCCUGUAGAAUUACAGUUAUAUUUUGUGAGAAAGGAGUAUUUUAUAAUGAGAAAGGAGUAUUUUAGAAUGAGAAAGGAGUAUUUUCUAAGAUUGCCAGCUGUUUUAGUAUGUUCCUACACAACCUUGUGAAUGUGAACCACCAUAUAGAAUGUUACAUAACCUUUGCCCAGAAAAGUCAUUCUGAAUUGUACAAUAAGUUUCUGUAUCAUCUUGUAAUAGGCAGUUGUUAAAAUAUUACAUUUUACAGAAGAAAAACCUGCACUGGGAAGUCAUUUAUCAUGGGCCUAAAAUUUCCUUGUUUUGGUCAAAGCAGUUGCCUGAAUUCAUUGUAAUAUGAAUUUAUUAAUUCAUAUUUUAUAGAUAAAAUGAAUGGGAAGUUUGUUUGUUUGUUUGGAUUUUAUUUUGAGGAUUGGCACAUUCCCUAUAUUCCAAGAAAAUAACUCUUCCAUGAAUAUUAAUGAUUUCACCCUUACCAUGCUAAGUUAUAUAAUGAACUUAUCCACUUUUCAAUUUGGACAGUACCAUUAACUGUUAAAAGAGGUGCAUACCAAAAAGAUACUGACUGAAUAGCGAACAGUGCAGAUCAUGAUCAGACUGCAUGGAUGUGCAGGCUGAUCAUGAUCUUCACUGGUCACAAAGGCAGAAUCAGUAAUGUCCAGUAUGAUAAGGGAUAAAGGUUUAACUUAGUAACAUAUUAUAGUGUUAUAACCUUGAAUUUGAUAACUGCUUUUCACUUUUGGGUAAGUUUUACAACAGAAUUAAUUCCAAAAAAAUUAUAGCACUUUUUUUUUUAAUUAAAGGAAUUUGAAUUUAAUAAAAAUGAAAUAUUUUAAUGAUUGCCUAACCAGAAAAGAUGAACUUUCAGAGGGAAGUUGUGCAUGAAUAGGGUAAAUGCCUAAAUGAUUUGGUCCAUAUCUGUCGAGGUUUUUAGAUUGAAAAGUAGACUUUAAAACUGGUAUUUUAAAAGAAUUCGUUGUCUUUUACUUUUCAUCUAUACAUAUUUCAUAUUAUUGAAAUUGAACAAAAUUGUAGAAGUGAUAGGGCUGGUUUUAAAUAAAGGUUAUUUAACAAGAACUUUAAUUAGCCAGGAUUCAUUUUCAGAAGCAAUCUCAUGUUUUCUUUUUAGCUCACCUGUCACAAAGUGACAAGGUGAGCUUUUGUGAUCGCGCGGCGUCUGUCGUCCGUGCGUCCGUAAACUUUUGCUUGUGACCACUCUAGAGGUCACAUUUUUCAUGGGAUCUUUAUGAAAGUUGGUCAGAAUCUUCACCUUAAUGAUAUCUAGGUCAAGUUCGAAACUGAGUCACUUGCCAUCAAAAACUAGGUCAGUAGGUCUAAAAAUAGAAAAACGUUGUGACCUCUCUAGAGGCCAUAUAUUUCACAAGAUCUUCAUGAAAAUUGGUCAGAAUGUUCACCUUGAUGAUAUCUAGGUCAAGUCUGAAACUGGGUCACGUGGGGUCAAAAACUAGGUCAGUAGGUCUAAAAAUAGAAAAACUUUGUGACCUCUAGAGGCCAUAUUUUUCAUGAGAUCUUCAUGAAUAUUGGUCAGAAUGUUCACCUUGAUGAUAUCUAGGUCAAGUUCGAAACUGGGUCACGUGCGGUCAAAAACUAGGUCAGUAGGUCUAAAAAUAGAAAAACCUUGUGACCUCUCUAGAGGCCAUAUUUUUCAAUGGAUCUUCAUGAAAAUUGGUCAGAAUGUUUACCUUGAUGAUAUCUAGAUCAGUUUCAGAACUGGGUCACGUGGGGUUAAAAACUAGGUCAGUAGAUCUAAAAAUAGAAAAACCUUGUGACCUCUUUAGAGGCCAUAUUUUUCAUGAGAUCUUCAUGAAUAUUGGUCAGAAUGUUCACCUUGAUGAUAUCUAGGUCAGGUUCGAAACUGGGUCACGUUGGGUCAAAAACUAGGUCAGUAGGUCUUAAAAUAGAAAAACCUUGUGACCUCUCUAGAGGCCAUAUUUCUCAAUGGAUCUUCAUGAAAACUGGUGAGAAUGUUCAGCUUGAUGAUAUCUAGGUCAGGUUUGUAACUGGGUCAUGUGCGGUCAAAAACUAGGUCAGUAGGUCGAAAAAUAGAAAAACCUUGUGACCUCUCUAGAGGCCAUAUUUUUCACGAGAUCUUCAUGAAAAUUGGUGAGAAUGUUCACCUUGAUGAUAUCUGGGUCAAGUUUAAAAGUGGGUCACGUGCCUUCAAAAACUAGGUCAUUAGGUCAAAUAAUAGAAAAAGCUUGUGACCUCUCUAGAGGCCAUAUUUUUCAAUGGAUCUUCAUGAAAAUUGGUCAGAAUUUCUUAUCUUGAUGAUAUCUAGGUCACAUGUGCUCAAAAACUAGGUCACUAUGUCAAAUAAUAGAAAUAACGACGUCAUACUCAGUUCAACACUGGGUCAUGUGGGGAUAAGUGAGCGAUUCAGGACCAUCAUGGUCCUCUUGUUCUUUCAUGUUUUUUCGGUGGUUUUAACAAAAAUGUGUACAUAGCAUACAUGAAAUACUAUGACAUCGUAAAGUUUAUUCGUGCUUAAAAAAAAGUUAAAAUAGUGUUCGUAAUUAAAAGAUAUUUUUGUUAUUUGGAUAAUGGAUGUAUAUUAACAUUUCUAGUCGUUUCGUUUCAGAAAAUAUUAACAUCUUUAUUCAUUUCCUGUUAUUCAGAAUUGUCAUUCGCUAUGUUAAGAUAAAGUUCUUUAUCAGAGAAACUAUCUUUGAUAUCUCACUGUUUGAAUUUAUUUGGAUAGAAUUUACUGCAAUACUUUCAACAAAUCAGUAAAAACAUGAAAUAAAAAAUUUAAAAAGAUAUAACAGUGUAAGGUUUUUUGCUUAGUCCAGCUUGAGGUUUGUAUUCAAAGUACAUAUAUAGAAAAGCUAACUUGCAAAUAGUCUGUUUUAGAUAAUAGUCAGUUAGAAAAAGAAAAUAUUAAAGGGAGACAAUUUUGUCACAUACGCUCUGUAAUGUUUUGAAAGUUCUGGUUCUUUUGUUAUAAUUAUGCAAUACACUGUAAAUAUUGUUUUGUAAGUAUUGUGCAUUUAUUUAUUUUCAUUUUUUUGUUCAUGUACAGUCAGUAUCUUAAAUACACAGUUUAAAGUCAACUGCCUUUUCUUCUUCAUUGAAACGCAAAGGAACUGCAUUUUAAACAGUAAAUAUGAACUUGAUAAUUAGAGGGCUUGGUUUGAAACAUUUGUUUUUCCUUUAUCUCCUUCAUAUUCAGCGCUCAAUUAUUAUACCCCCACAAACCGAAGUUUGGGGUGUGGGGGGGCGGUAUAUAGGAGUGAGCUUGUCGGUCUGUUGGUUUUCAUGAUUUCCGGACAAUAAGUUAUGAAAGGCUUGACAAGACUUAAAUAGUUUUGGACCACUAUGAAAUACAGGUCAAGUUCGACUUGGAGAUCAGAAUGUCAAAGGUCAGGGUCACAAUGACCUGGAACAGAUAAACAGUUUCAUGAUGGUAACUUGAGAGCACUUGAACCAAGGAUCAUAAAUUUUGGUACACAGGUGUAACAUGAUAAAAUACAGGUCAGAUGAUAACUUGAGAGCACAUGGACCAAGGAUCAUAAAUUUUGGUACACAGGUGUAAAACAUAAUAAAAUACAGGUCAAUUUCGACUUUGAGGUCAAAGGUCAAAGUCACAAUGACCUGGAACAGUUAAACAGUUUCCACAUGAUAACUGAGAAUGCUUUGGCCUAGGAUCAUAAAUUUUGGUACACAGGUGUAACAUCAUAAAAUACAGGUCAAGUUCGAUUUUGAGGUCAGUAGGUCAAAGGUCUAGGUCACAAUGACCCAGAACAGUUGAACGGUUUCUUGAUGAUAACUUUAGAAUGCUUUGGCAUAGGAUCAUGAAAGUUGAUAGGGAGGUUGGUCAUGGCCAGCAGAUGAAUUCUAUUGAUUUUGAGGUCAGAGGUCAAGGUCACAGUGACCCAGAACAGUUAAACCAUUUCCGGAUGAUAACUUGAGAACCCUUGGGCCUAGGAUCAUGAAAGUUGAUAGGAAGUUUGGCCAUGACCAGCAGAUGACACCUAUUUGUUUUGAGGUCAGUAGGUCAAAGGUCAAGACCACAGUGACCCAGAACAGUUAAAUUAACAUGGAAAACCGUUCCCAAUUUAUAACUUGAGAACCACUAGGCCCAUAAUGUUGAUGAUCCCUAUUGCAGCCAACUAUCAGUGUCUCUGACUUUUGCUCCUAUCCCCUAUUGACUUCUUGCCUAUACAACUAUGCAUUGGGGGAGACAUGCGCUUUUCUACAAAAGCAUCUUCUAGUUGAUCUAUUGUUUUAAAUAUCAGAAUGAAAAUGAUUUAACUAAAUGGUGUUGCACUUAGUUCACAUGCUGAAUUAAUGAUUAGGUGUGCAAAAUAAUUCGGGGCCUCUGUGACCGAGUGGUUAAGGUUGCUGACUUCAAAUUACUUGCUUUUCAUCGAUGUGGGCUCAAGCCUCACUUGGGACGAAGAAUUAUUCAUGUAAAGAAGCCAUCAGCUUGAUGGUUCUACCAAGUAGCCCACCUGUGAUAAAAAAAUGUCUGUAGGGGCACCAGGGAUCUUCCUCAGUCACGAAAAGCUGGAGAGCUGUCAUAUCACCUUUAACUGUGUUUGCGUAACGUUAAACCUAACGAACAAAGAGCACAAUAAUUCAGUACAUGGCUAUGCACUCCUAAACUGUUCCAAAGGAUGUGUAAUAUAAUUUCCUUUUUUUAGUUUUUCAAAGGUCAAGGCCACAGGGGCCAACGUUAACUUUUUGCACGAAGGCAUACUUCGCCAACCACUUCACCCAGGACCUUCAAACUUCACAUGCUGAUAGUACUUAUUGAAUACACCACCCCUACUGACUUAGGGGUCACCAGGUCAAAGGUCAAGGUGAUGCGGGGGCAUUUGUCACCAUUAGUGACAGCUCUUGUUAAAAAAUGUUUUGUCACAUUAUUAAACUACAUUUUGUACCAUACAUUUGCAAUGAUAUUGUGCUGCUCUGUCUCAUCCUCUUUUUGUAUGCCAAGAAACAAGACAUUAGCAUCGGGCUGGCAGGCAGUGGGCAGGCAGCGUCCUCUAAAGUUGUCCACUCUAACUUGAGAGUUUUUAUCCAUUGUUCACCAGACUUGGUCAUCAUAUUAUGGAUGUAAUUUCUUUGCAAAGUUAAAUAGACAGCAGGAUCCUUCCAGUCUCUGAAGUUAUUUCCCUAGAAUUACUAAAAAUGUGAAAAUUGACGCAGCAGUCUGGUCAGAAUCCAUGCUGGUCGCUUUCAAAGCCUAUUGAAAUUGGAGAAACUGUUAGCGAACAGCAUGGAUCCUGACCAGACUGCGCGGAUGCGCAGACUGGUCUGGAUCCAUGCUGGUCGCAAACCCACUAUGUUGGUUUUCUCAUGGCGUGGCUCAUAUUGACUUGCAACAAUGUGUUACUAAGUUUUUGAUCUCCUAGCUACUCUGAGAACAAAAAGCUGUUUGUGAACUUUUAGUAUCAUUGGAUGUCUGUCAUCCAAAAUUUCUUUGAAGAAACCUUUCGACAUCUUAUGAAUCGCUUAUGGAUCUUCACCAAACUUGAUCUGUGGCACCCCGUUACGGACCCCUUUCAGGUUUGUUCAAAUGAUGUGAUUUAGCCCCUUUCCCUGGCCACCAGAGGAUCUUCUCGGUUCUUGGUCUGUAGCAUCUUUGUAUGGAUUUCUGUCCAAAUGAUUCAGUUUGACCAAAGAGAAAGAAAAGGAAACCUAUCAGCUUCUGUCAGGCACUGCUUGAUGGAUUGUUGACACUGUCUGCACCAUUCUUUCAUGGGCCUCGCUUUAAUUUUGUUCAAAUGGUUGUAUGUGAUCCCAUUUAAGGGCCACAAGAGCUGAAUAAAGAAAACAAACAACAUCUCUUUAAUUAUUACAUGCACUGUUACCAAACUUAGUUUGUGGCAUCCUGCUUUGAAUUCUGUCAAGUUUGUUCAAACCUCAUUUGCUGGAACGCGAUGGAACCAACAAACUAUUCGAAUUAUCGGCAGUUUGAGCCCUUAAACAAUAUACAUGAUUUUGCUGGGACCUGACAUGUUGAGCAAAGGAUGGUGUAUGAAUUUUCUGAGGUCGAGCAAACAAAUUUUGACUGUACAUGGAAUUUUAUUAUUUUUAUGUUUUAAAAGAUACUUAGCACAUAUAGAUCUGCAAAUUAUGUUAUAACAGAUUUUUAAAAUCCUUAAUGAAAAUUUGUGUUUUAUUAGUAAGAUAAUUUUGUAUCUAACGAGUAAUAAUAUGAAAACAUUCACAAUGAAUUACAGACAGUACAAUUCAUUUAUACAUUACUGUGAAAUCAUUUAAUUUGGUGGGCAGGAAGUUUGGUUGUUUGUGACAGAGACGGCUAUUUCUUUUGGAAUAUAAGUUUGUGGUUAUCAGUUCGUAAUUUUAUUUGUUUGUUAGAAUUUAAUUUUAUGGGUUUACACAACAUGAAAUCUAUAAAAGUCAGUACCCAGCAAUUAGUUAUGAUUUCACAGUGCAUUUAUGUUUGUCUGGUGCAAAAUAUUUUGACCCUUGCCCUGCUAAUUUCUGUAAUGAAUGUGUACAUCUUUGAAUUUGGACAGUACCAUUAACCUUUAUCAUGCUAGACACGAUUUAUUCUGCCUUUGCGACCAGUGUAGAUCAUGAUCAGCCUGCAUAUCUGUGCAGUCUGAUCAUGGUCUACACUGUUUGCCAUUCAGUCAGUAUCUUUUUAGUAAACAACCCUUUUAACAGUUAAUGGUACUGUCCACAAUGAAAGAUGGACAAGUUCAUUAUAGAAAUUCAGCAGGGUAAGGGUUAACUGUUAAAAGGAGUGCAUACCAAAAAGACACUGACUGAAUGCUAACAGUGCACAUCAUGAUCAGACUGCAUGGAUGUGCAGGCUGAUCAUGAUUUGCACUGGUCGCAAAGGCAGAAUCAGUCGUGUCCAGCAAGAUAAGGGUUAAAACUAAGAUAACAACAUGGCACCAACAAAAUUGAUUGAUGAAAAUCUUCUUCAAAUUUCAGAGAGUGUUGCUGGAAUCUGAUUUUGAAGUGUGAAAUAUUGGUACAUUACCACUCAGUCUUGUGCUUGUGUGUUUUCUGUGUUUGCAAUUAGGGACCUCCAUGGCAGAAUGGUGUUUUUCAAUGACUCAGUAUGUUGUAAAAUGGUAGGAAGCCAUCCAGCUGGUUCGCAGCAGGUGGGGGUUCAGCCCAGGUGCUCACCUGUUGCAUGAUAAUAAUGGCUGGAGGGGUACCUAGGGUCUUGCUCUAACGCUAAAAACAGAAAUAUGAUCAUGUGACCUGCACUGGUUUGGUAUGAUUUUGAUAGAAAAAAGUUUCACAGAUGUAAUACAUUGAAAUUGUAUACUUUGUAAGAGACAUUUUGUAUGUUUGUCAUGAAAAUACCAAUACAUGUAGCAUGUAUGAAUAUUGAACUUGUUAACAGAAAAACAACAACAACAAAGUCUUGAUCUUGCAGUUUUAAAAGAAUAAUGUUUGUGAAGUAUAAAUGUUGUAGGUGUUUUUAAUUAAGAUAUUUUUAUUGUGACAUUCUAACUGUCAACAAACUGGCAUGUUGUUGGAUUUAUUUAUGGAAUAUACAUGAAUUGUCUGAGGUUGUGACACUUGAUCAAAGUAGAUUUAAUUAGAAUAGAUUUUUUUGUGAUAUCAAAAGGCAUCAGUGAUAACUGAUGUAAACAUGUGGGUCUGUCAGGAAAUAUAAAUCAGAAAGUACAUGUAUAUAAAAUGUUACAUAUUUUUAGCUCACCUGUCAUAUAGUGACAAGGUUAGCUUUUGUGAUCACGCAGCGUCCGUCGUCCGUCCGUGCGUGCGUUCUUGCGUGCGUGCGUAAACUUUUCCUUGUGACCACUCUAGAGGUCACAUUUUUCACGGGAUCUUUAUGAAAAUUGGUCAGAAUGUUCACCUUGAUGAUAUCUAGGUCAAGUUCGAAACUGGGUCACGGGCGGUCAAAAACUAGAUCAGUAGGUCUAAAAAUAGAAAAACUUUGUGACCUCUCUAGAGGCCAUAUAUUUCACAAGAUCUUUAUGAAAAUUGGUCAGAAUGUUCACCUUGAUGAUAUCUAGGUCAAGUUCGAAACUGGGUCACGUGCCAUCAAAAACUAGGUCAGUAGAUCUAUAAAUAGAAAAACCUUGUGACCUCUCUAGAGGCCAUAUAUUUCACAAGAUCUUCAUGAAAAUUGGUCAGAACGUUCACCUUGAUGAUAUCUAGGUCAAGUUCGAAACUGGGUCAGGUGCCAUCAAAAACUAGGUCAGUAGGUCAAAUAAUAGAAAAACCUUGUGACCUCUCUAAAGGCCAUAUUUUGCAUGGGAUCUGUAUGAAAGUUGGUCUGAAUGUUCAUCUUGGUGAUAUCUAGGUCAAGUUCGAAACUGGGUUACGUGCGGUCAAAAACUAGGUCAGUAGGUCUAAAAAUAGAAAAACCUUGUGACCUCUCUAGAGGCCAUAUUUUUCAUGCGAUCUGUAUGAAAGUUGGUCAGAAUGUUCAUCUUGAUGAUAUCUAGAUCAGGUUCGAAAGUGGGUCACGUGCCAUCAAAAACUAGGUCAGUAGGUCAAAUGAUAGAAAAACCUUGUGACCUCUCUAAAGGCCAUAUUUUUCAUGGGAUCUGUAUGAAAGUUGGUCUGAAUGUUCAUCUUGAUGAUAUCUAGGUCAAGUUUGAAACUGGGUUACGUGCGGUCAAAAACUAGGUCAGUAGGCCUAAAAAUAGAAAAACCUUGUGACCUCUCUAGAGGCCAUACUUGUGAAUGGAUCUCCAUAAAAAUUGGUCAGAAUGUUCAUCUUGAUGAUAUCCAGGGCAAGUUUGAAAGUGGGUCACGUGCCAUCAAAAAGUAGGUCAGUAGGUCAAAUAAUGAAAAAACGUUGUGACCUCUCUAGAGGCCAUAUUUUUCAUGGGAUCUGUAUGAAAGUUGGUCUGAAUGUUUAUCUUGAUGAUAUAUAGGUCAGUUUUGAAACUGGGUCAACUGCGAUCAAAAUCUAGGUCAGUAGGUCUUAAAAUAGAAAAACCUUGUGACCUCUCUAGAGGCCAUACCCUUGAAUGGAACUUCAUGAAAAUUGGUCAGAAUGUUCACCUUGAUGAUAUCUAGGUCAGAUUUGAAACUGGGUCAUGUGCCCUAAAAAACUAGGUCAGUAGGUCAAAUAAUAAAAAAAAACCUUGUGACCUCUAGAAGGCCAUACUUUUCAUGGGAUCUGUAUGAAAGUUGGUCUGAAUGUUCAUCUUGAUGAUAUCUAGGUCAAGUUUGAAACUGGGUCAACUGCGGUCAAAAACUAGAUCAGUAGGUUUAAAAUUUGAAAAAUCUUUUGACCUCGCUAGAGGCCAUAUUUUUCAAUGGAUCUUCAUGAAAAUUGGUCUGAAUGUUCACCUUGAUGAUAUCUAGGUCAGUUUCGAAACUGGGCCACGUGCGGUCAAAAACUAUUCCAGUAGGCAGAAAAAUAGAAAAACCUUGUGACCUCUCUAGAGGCCAUAUUUUACAUGAGAUCUUCAUGAAAAUUAGUGAGAAUGUUCACCUUGAUGAUAACUAGGUAAAGUUCAAAACAGGGUCAUGUACCUCUGAAAACUAGGUCAAUAGGUCAAAAAAUAGAAAAACCUUGUGACCUCUCUAGAGACCAUAUUUUGGAUCUUCAUGAAAAUUGGUCAGAAUUUUUAUCUUGAUAAUAUCUAGGUCAAAUUCAAAACUGGGUCACAUGAGCUCAAAAACUAGGUCACUAUGUCAAAUAAUAGAAAAAACGACGUCAUACUCAAAACUUGGUCAUGUGGGAACAGGUGAGCGAUUCAGGACCAUCAUGGUCCUCUUGUUAUCUUAAUUGGAUCUUACAAAGUACAUAAAGUUAGCGUUGAAUACAUAUCCAUUUGAGACUUGGACAUUUGUGCUUCCAUUAUGGUAAUUCCUGUGUAAGGAAAGAGUGAGUAGUUACUGCGCCCCAAAACAUGGUAUUGAAAUGCUUAUAUCUUUUUAGCUCGAUGUUUUGAAGAAUAAUUAGAGCUAUCGUACUCACCAUGGUGCGGCGUUGGCGUUGGCAGGGGUGUCUGCGUCUGUGUCACACCUUCGUUAAGAUUUUUCGUACCAUGCCACUUUUUGAUAAAGUCUAUUUAGAUAAAGCUUUGAAACUUUCAACACUUGUUUAGCAUCACCAUGUCCAGUAUUAGGCAAGAGUACAUAACUCUAUCAAGGAUUUUGGCUGAAUUAUGGCCACUUUUAACUUACAAAUCUUGGUUAAGUUGGCAUUUUGUCAAAACUAUGACUUGUGGCUUUGAAACUCUCAACAUUUAUCAUUAUGAUUUUCACCUGUAGGCAAGAGUACAUAACUCUGUCAACUAUUUUGGCUGAAUUAUGGCCCUUUUUGGAGUUGGAAAUUAGUUCAGUUUUCGUACAAGUCCACUUUUUGUCAAAACUAUUUGACAUGUGGCUUUGAAACUUUGAACACUUGUUUAUCGUCAUGAUUUCCAUCUGUAGGCAAGAGUACAUAUUUCAGUCAACUAUUUUUGCUGAAUUAUGGCCCUUUUAAACUCAUCUGAUUUUUUGAAAAAAAAUGAUGAGUUAUUGCCAUCACUUGAUCGGCGUUGCCUGGUUAAGUUUUAUGUUUAGGUCAUCUUUUCUCCUAAACUAUCAAAUCUAAUGCUUUAAAACUUGCAACACUUGUUCACCAUCAAAAGCUGACUGUACAGCAAGAAACAUAACUUCAUCCUGCUUUUUGCAAGAAUUAUGGACUCUUUUUGACUUAGAAAAUCAGAUUUCUAUGUUAAGGAGGUAGGUUACCUUGUUACCAGGGUAAAUUCAAAUUAGUUGAACCGCAGUGAUUUUUUAUAUUUCGUGUAAUUUAAUGUUUUAACUGCUACAAUCUCAGUUCCGUUUAUCUCUGUCCCUUCAAGUACAAUUUUUAUCCAGGUUUGAAGUACAUGACCCUCUUAAGGUAUUUUAUAUAGAAAGAAGAAGGAAAAUACGGAUAUUUAACACUUUUCAGUGUAUUUUGGUUUCAUUGUUAUCCGUAGAAGUCUGCAUAAUUAAUAGUUUUACUAGUAUGCGCAUAAGCUUUCUAAUAAAAGCUUAAAAUGUAUAUGUCGCGGGGCUCGUGUUUCCAUGGAUACGCAUUUUCUCUCAUUUUUCAACAAUUAUGUAUGAAAACGGGUUUUUCGACGGCUCCAGUGCCAUUCUGUUAUUGACCAACAUGGAAUAUUUUGGUAAUAUGAUUAGCAAAAUACCAAGAACUUUACAUGGUACUAUGUUUUUCUUAAAGUUUAGAGUAACCAUGGCAACAGAGAUGUUUAAAGUAGCUUAUAUGUUGCUUUUUAUCGUAAUUUCUUUUAAAAAAAUAUUAUAUAAAAUUAUCUUUCUUGUUAAUGUAGCUUUAAAACAUCUUAUUUCUAACGUUAGUAAUAUUUUCGUAUGAAUUGCAGUUAAUUUAACAAAUUUCACAACUUAAAAUACUUACAGCAGUGCCCGUCGUCUGACAUUUUAUUGAAAAAUCGUUCUGCAUGCUGCUAUUAUUCUCAUGGAUAUUGUUGAAAUGAAAAUAAAAAGCCGAAGCUGUGUUCCUUAAAUAGAUCAGUGUCAACGCUUUUGAAUUUUACAAUUAGACAUAUAGGUCACGGGCUUCGUUUCCAUGGUAACAUCAAUUUAAUUCAAGACACCACAAUUUUUUACUGAAAUUUGAACAAUUUUAGAGCUUAGUUUUAGUAUUUAAGUAACAAAUUAUCAACGGAAACUGGGAAAUAGGUAUAACAAAUCAAACUGCCCAAUUUUAUUUGUAAAUGACCGUAAUAAGUUACCUUUCAGCUACAACUAUAUUCCCAAUCACAUCAGUUACCAUCAUCCAUUUUCUUACAUUCCGCAUAACAUUUCAAUAUAAUUACAUAAAAGAAGCAAAAUAUUGAUCAUUUUUUUAGAGCAAAAGACUAAUAAAAAGUAUUUCAGCAAAUAAUGGCUGUUUAAAAAUAGUUCAAAUAAAGAAAAAGCACAGAAUAACGUUCUUUCAAAAUAAAAGCUAUUAAUUUUGCGCGGUAACUGACACGUAACGUCAUGACGUCAAUGACGUCAUUUUAAGGCAACAAUGUUUUGAAGCGUUUCUGCGGCAAUUCAUUCAUUAUUUCUGCAUUAUUAAACCAUUAAACAUAAGAUCGGAGGCAGGUUCAAGAUUUAUUUCCAGAAGAAUGGAUAUACAAACACAUUUAGUUUGUCGUAAACGUCGUCGUAAAUCAUCACGUUAGCUUCCGGUUGGACAUGCGCACUUACAAAUAUCAAGGUAACCUACCUCCUUAAGUUUUGUCUUUAGGUCAGCUUUUCUCCUAAACUAUCAAAGCUAUUGCUUUAAAACUUGCAACACUUGUUCACCAUCAAAAGUUGACUCUGUACAGCAAGACACUCCAUCCUGCUUUCUGCAAGAAUUAUGGCCCCUUUUGGACUUAGAAAAUAUCAGAUUUCUUGGUUAAGUUUUGCGUUUAGGUCAAUUUUCCUUCUUAACGGUCAAAGCUAUUGCUUUAAAACUUGGAGCAGUUAUUUGCCAUUAAAAGCUGACUCUGCAUAGCAAGUAUUGUUUUUUGCAAGAAUUAUGGCCCAUUUUGGACUUAGAAAAUCAUGGGUUUGACAAUAUUUUGUAAUAGAGUGACAAAAAAGAUCAGAUGAGCGUCUGCACUCGCAAGGCGGUGCUCUUGUUUGGAUUUGGAAAUCAGUUAAAUUUUUCAUGCAAGUCCAUAUUUUGCCUAACCUGUUUGACAUAUCGCAUUGAAACUUUGACCACUUGUUUACCAUCAUAGUCUACAUAUGUAGGCAAGACUUCAUAACUAGGACAAGGACUUUAGCACAUUUAUGGCCCUUUCUUGAAAUAGAGUUUCGCAUACCAUUCCAUAUUUUGUUUAAACUGUUUGAUAUAUGGCUUUGAAACUUGUAACACUUGCUUACCAUCAUGGUCACAUAUUGCCAUAUAGUGCAAGACUUAUCCAAAUCCGUAAAUACAGGUAAAUUGUUUGUCUAAUCUAUUUUUUUCUUUUGUCUGAAAAGUUAUGGUAAUAUUUUCACCCAUACUUCCAUCAGUUCCUUGGAUAGAUGAGCGUGCUGUCAACAGACAGCUCUUUUUUUUUUGUUUGUAGUCCGAUUUUCAUAAUUAUUUGCUUAGAAUAAAAAAGACAAAUCAAAACAUAUAACUUUCA